GGUCAGGGCGUGAGAGAGGUGAUGGCGCUGGGGAGAGUCCUGAGACCCCAGCAGGCCUGGCUUCUCCUCAUGAGUUGGGUCAUGUGGAGGUGAUGGCCGGGGAGGUUCAGAGACCCUCUAAGACUCCCUGCGAGUCGGGACGGAACUCAGGCACAUGCCCACCCAGGUGUCUUAAGACCAUCUAGGUCUGCCCGGGUUGGUCCGGGCACUCACCCGCCUGAAGGAAAGACCUGAGUGCAGCCCCAGGCCCCUCCCACCUCCAGCCCUGCUGGUGCAGAGGGGGGACCAGGCUCCAGCGUCAGGUGUGUGACGUGCCGGAGAGCUGCACCCGCGAAGCCCUGGAGGGCAGCCUGGUGUUCCCAGCAGGUGCCCCCUGGUGCCCAGCAGCUUUGAAGGCAGGGCUCUGACUGUGUGCUGGUAAAGGAGUACACACACACAUGCAUGCUCACUCACAUGCGCACAUGCACACCCACAUACAUGCACAGGAGCACAUGCACACUCCGCUGCACUCCCGUGUAUACACACACAUACACAUCCAGGCGCACACUCACAAGCACUCACACACACAAGGAAGCACACGCAGACCUCAGAGUCUGUUGCUCCAGCAGGAAAGAUGGGCAGGGAGCUCAGUAGCCCAAGCCACCUCUCAGAGGGUGUCCCUGACCCGGCAUCCAGGCCUGUAGCUCCAGGAGCCCCCUCGACAGGAGGGCCCAGCAGGCUGCCCUGCGCUGACCCCUCACAGGUGCAUGGGGCUGGGCCUCCUGGAUCCCGAGUGCCCCCCACACCAUGAGCAGAGUGGACGCCGGACCACCCCCUGCCAGGGAGUGGGUGUGGAGAGACUGACCUCAGGAAGAGAUUUCCACCGUGCCCAGCAGGCUAGGCUCCCCCACCACCGGGCACCCCUGGGCAUCCGUGGGCUCUGGCCAGGAAGACAUGGCAGGGAGGCCUGAGACACAGGUGCUGGGUCGCCUGUGAACUUGGCAAUGGAGAUUGAGGCUGGGCACCCCAAAAGGACCCAGCACCUGCUCCCUUCCAGCCCUGGGCAGGGCCUCCGAAGCUCCACGCCGCCCCUCCCCUGCCCUGGGUGGACAUCAGCCCUGCCCCUAACCCUGGGGUGGCUCGGCUAUGCACUUUCACAGCUAGAGACUCGGUGAUGGGGAAGCCGGAAAGCCGGGUGGGGACGAUGGAGAUGGCCCGCUGGCAGGGACAGAAGCGCCGAGCCUUCCUGGAGCGGGUGCUGCUGCUGGUGACUGGUGCCCUGGUGACCCUGGGCCUCCUCUACGUGGACAGCAGAGGUGGGCGAGGGCGCUCCUCCUCAAGGCCUGCAACCCCAGCCGCUGCCCGCAGCCGAGCUCCCAAGACCAUCAAAGAGACCAAGGAGAUGGGCGAAAUCUGCACCACCCCCGGCUGUGUGAUGGCAGCCACCAGGAUCCUCCAGAGCAUGGACCCAUCCAAGAAGCCAUGUGGCGACUUCUACCAGUACGCACGCGGGGGCUGGCUGCAGCACCACGUGAUCCCUGAGGCCAGCGCCCUCUACAGCAUCUCUGACAUCCUUCGAGACAAGCUGGAGGUCAUCCUCAAAAGAGUGCUGGAGAAUUCCACUUCCAAUGACCGGUCAGCCGUGCAGAAGGCCAAGACGCUGUACUGCUCCUGCAUGGACGAGAGUAUGAUAGAGAAGAGAGGCUCUCAGCUCCUGCUAGACUUCCUCGAGCUGGUAGGAGGCUGGCCAGUGACCGGGGAUGUGUGGAAUGCGAGUGUAGGCCCCAGGCGGGAGCUGGAGAAGCAGCUGGCCGUGAUGAGCUCGCGGUUCUGUCAGCGUGUCCUCGUUGACCUCUUCGUCUGGAACGACGACCAGAACUCCAGCCGGCACAUCAUCUAUGUAGACCAGCCCACCCUGGGCAUGCCGUCCCACGAGUACUAUUUGAAGGAUGGCACCAACUGGAAGCUAGCCUUUGCGAGCGCCUGCACAGGUCAAGUGCACCGAGGACAGGGACAAGCUGUGACCUACAUCAGGCCCAGGAUCAGCUCAGCUCAGCCCGGCAGUGCCAAGGGGCACACCUGCAUCCUCAUCCCGCAGAUGCAGGACUGCAGUGCACACCGCUGGGCCAUGCAGAACUACCUGGUCUGGCGCCUGGUGCUGGAUCGCAUUAGUGGCCUGGGCCAGCGAUUCGAGGAUGCACGUGCAAACCACCGCCGGGUGCUGUAUGGCACAACGGUGGAGAAGGUGCGCUGGCCAGAGUGCGUCAACUACGUCAACAGCAACAUGGAGAGUGCUGUGGGCUCCCUGUAGGUGAAGGCGGCCUUCUCCAGAGACAGCAAGAGCGCGGUCAGAGAGCUCGCUGACAGGGUGCGGGUGGCAUUCACGGAGACUCUGGGCGAGCUAGACUGGGUGGACGAAGCGUCCAGGAAAGCGGCCCAGGAGAAGGCCAUGGGCAUCUGGGAGCAGACUGGCCACCCCGACUACAUUCUGGAGGAGAACAAGCACCUGGGCGAGGAGUAUUCCACCGUGUACCCCACUCCAUCCAGGGGGCCCUCAAGAGCCCCACCUGUCCCCUCCCCACAGACCAUGGGCCUGGAUUACCUGGGGCACGGGGUGCUCUGUCACCAGCUCCCCAUGUGCCAGGGGGGCUCCACCCCACCCUCUGCUACCCACAUGGAAGCUGAGGCCAGGAGAGACACAGAGCCAGGGCUGGACCCCCAGCCCCCUGCACCCCCAGAGCCCGCUGGCCCCAGGCUGCACUGCCCAGCUCGUCCUGAGGCAGCCAGGUCCCAGCCUGACCUCCAGAAGGGAGCAGCGUUCCCUGCUGGGAUCCUGCAGCCCCCUUUCUUCAGCAAGGAGCAGCCACAGGCCCUGAGCUUCGGGGGCAUCGGGAUGGUGAUCAGGCACGAGAUCACCCACGGCUUUGAUGACAAUGGCCAGAACUUCGACAUGGACAGCAACAUGCACGACUGGUGGAGCAAGCGCUCAGCCCGGCACUUCUGGAGGCAGUCAGAGUGCAUGGUCUACCCCUAGGGGAACUACUCUUGGGACCUGGCAGAAAAGCAGAACGUGAAUGGAUUCAGCACACUUGGGGAGAACAUCGCAGACAGUGGAGGGGUGCGGCAGGCAUACAAGGCUUACCUCAAGUGGAUAGCAGAAGGCGGCAAGGAACAGCAGCUGCCAGGACUGGAACUAACCUAUGACCAGCUGUUCUUCAUCAGCUGCGCCCAGGUGUGGUGUGGAUCCUACCAGCCUGAGUUCGCCAUCCAGUCCAUUAAGACUGAUGUCCACAGUCCCCUCAAGUACAGGAUGCUGGGCUCACUGCAGAAUCUGGCCGCCUUCUCAGAUGCCUUCCAUUGUGCCCCGGGCACCCCCAUGCACCCACACCGGCGAUGCCGCAUCUGGUAG